AACGAGGCUGAGUGUUGAAGCACCUGGAAGAAGCCCUGCGCUUUGGUGAGCUGUUAAAGAAUUGACCAAAUUCCAACAUAAGAAAGAUGUAGUUCCCCUCCACACAGCACCUGCCAACAGCACUGGCUUUGAUCAUAUUACUGUUACUAUAUAUCAAAUAAGCCUAUUAAAGCUGACUUAGAACAAGUGCACCCACUGCAGUCAUCACUGAUCAUCUAACCUAAAGUAACCACACCAGAGUGACUACUGAUGAUAAUAUUAGGGAAGAAUAUCUUUUGAUAACACUGACCAUUGUAAAUGAACCUCAGUAAUUCUUAAUCCUUGAUAAAGUUUUGAUAAUAUCAAAUUAAAAGUGACAAGUCUGAACCAGGAAUUAUACAUAAUCAUCAUAUUAUUGACAGUCUCACAAAAUGGCUUUCCCCCAUGCUCACAAGACUGUCAUUGUGAUUGAUCACAGUCCACAUUUUUCCGAGUCGUGCAAGCAAGCCAUAGAGUUUGAUGUGCUUUUCAACAAGAACCGAGCAUCGGGGAUCAUUCCCUUGGCUCCAGUGAUGAAGAGCAUGUGGACUUGUAAUGUGGAGGCUGUUUUAGAAUACUGCAGGAUUGUGUAUGAUGUUUUCCCUAAGAAUAAACUGAUUCGUCUAAUUAGCAGUGAUAGUGCGGCCAAUACUAUGAACACUUGGAAACAGCAGGAGCAGCUACUGAAUCAUCUUCUGGUGCUCUUUUCUGCCAUCAAGCCACCCUUGGCCAAGUCCCGUAAAGCUGACUUCAAUAUCAUGCAUGGUUUGGUGCGUGCCAUCGAGGUUCUCUGCGAGACGUCUGAGUUACAGCACAGAAUGAGGACGUCUUUGUCCCCAGAUGACAGUGCUGUUGUCAACAGGGGAAGGGUGAUAUGUCUGACAACCCUGAAAAGUGAUGCCCAUGUGAGGACCAUAGAGGAAUGUGUACAAGACACCAUUGUACAACAUAAUAAACUAGCUGCAAGCUCAGACAGUCUGAUUCCAAUUGACCAUUGCGAGUUAGUAUUGCUUCACAUAGUCCCUGUGGGGGAUGAUUCUGCCGUUACUGGGAGAACUAGAAAAGAGAUUUCCCCUCUGCUCACUAGCGAGGUACAUGUGACACAAUCAGGAAAGUUCAUCGCACUGAAGUUAAUGGAGCUAGUGCAGAAACACUACGAUUUGUUCUCAACGACAGUGACUGGGAUUCCCAUGAAGGAAGAACAAAAUGCAAGUUCAUCAGCCAAUUAUGAUGUGGAACUCCUACAUUCAGCAGAUGCACACAGGGAAAUAAUGAAAUCGGAUCACCAGGAAGGCGUGGUCAUCCAGUCAAAGGAAGGUCUUCCCACCAUGACAGUGGGGUUGAAGUGGUGCACACCCAAGUCUAAUGUUAUAGGUAUAGNAUAG